CAGCAGAUAAGGUUUCCGGGAUGGUGGGUGGCAGCUUCAUGGUACCACUGAGAGGCAAAAUUGAACCUGAGGAUUGAAUGAAUUUGGGUUCUGAGCUUGUUUACACAGGCUUACUGGGAUUCUACAUGGAAAACCAAGAUGGACAGGCACGUUCCCAUCACCUUCCCAACACCCUUCAAGACAUCCAGAAGAACUGGCUCAAGAUGGAUGACCCGCAAAAGAUGAAUAUUGAAAAUAGCUAGAGAUUUGAGUAAGCCGACUAGCAAACCCAGUUAACAUGCAGGUUCUGAGUGCGUGGUAUUAGAGUGGCAAAUAAAAAUUUUUUUUUACGUACUCACAACUAGAAUGUAACAGCGAGAGAUUGGGGCAGGAUGAGCAAUACUUUCUUGCCUGAUGACCUACACAUUACACUGAAGUCCAAACAAGUCAAAAUGCCUUAUGUCUAGACACCUGCCUUUUGGGUCUCAAAGAUGUACGGGAGGUACAGGAAAGAUGGAGAACAUGCGGCGCGAGAGCGUGCACAGGUGCAGAGGUGCCACAGCUAAUCGCUUGCUAUUGCUAAUUACUGGAAACCUCUCAAACGACGGAUGGUAGAAAAAGUCCAGAACAGGACCCGACCAGCUAGGAGGAGCUCUGGAAAUUGGCGUCAGAGUGUCAGCAAGCUUCCUUGGCAGGGCGAAUUAUAAAAUCAGUACUUGUUUUUACUAUGCAAGUGAAUUCUAUGCAAGUUCCAUCCACCCAUCCAUUGUUCCAACCGAGGCAGCACGAGGCAAAGAACACUCUGGUUGGAAUGCCAGUGAAAAUAUAUUCAAUGGUCACCUGCUUCCUGGUCUGUUUGACUGUCUUCUCUUUGCUCUACCUCCACGACAAUCUGAAUAGUGGCAUUUUCAAUGCCCCUAAACAUAAUUCCAGCAUCAGCAUCUUGAUCUGGCAUUGGCCAUUCGGGCACCCUUACAGCCUAGCCGGUGACAUCUGUUGGGAUAUGUACCGCAUCCCUGGCUGCCACCUCCAUGACAACCACUCGCUGUUCAGCCAGGCCGACGUCGUUGUCUUUCACCACCAUGAACUAAAGACCCGCCAACUGCAGCUACCGCUGCACCUCCACCGUCCAGCUAACCAGAAGUGGCUCUGGCUGUCACUGGAGUCUCCGGCCUCCAACGGCAACCUGGCCUCCUACGAUGGUCUGUUCAACUGGACCAUGAGCUACCGCCGCGAUGCUGACAUCUUCAUACCCUACGGAGAACUGGUUUCCAAGAUACAUGCUAAGGAUGACGAGAACAAUGUCUUCCAUGAGAACAAGUCUUCACUGGCCUGUUGGGUGAUCAGCAACUACAAUCCUCAACAGGCAAGGGUUAAGGUUGUCCAGAAACUCAUGAAAAUAAUUAACCUGGACCUUUAUGGAAAUAGCUUCAAAAGGCCACUUCCACAUGGAAAGCUUCUGCCGACCAUCUCCCGCUGCCACUUCUACUUGGCUUUUGAGAACGCACAAUACAAAGACUACAUCACUGAGAAGCUGUGGCAAAACUCUUUUCAGGCAGGUACAGUGCCGGUGGUCUUGGGUCCUCCACGGGAAAACUAUGAGGCCAUGGUGCCUCACAACUCCUUCAUCCAUGUAGAUGACUUCAAGACCGUGGAGGAGCUGGCGGAGUACCUCACACAGACAACGGCAAACCCAACAAGGUACAGGUCGUACUUCAAAUGGCACCGCAACCACGACGUGAAGCUCUAUACUGACUGGAGAGAGAGACUGUGCAAGGUUUGCACGGUUUACCACAAGUUGCCACCCAAGAAGAUCUACCGAGACCUCCAAGGAAGCACCGAAAACCAAGACUGAAACCAGUAAUCGGAGGCACGCGACACCUACCCUGCAGAGUUCUGGAAAAGGCUUGACACAGAGGUUCAGCAGUGACUCGACAUGGUUUACCACAAACCAGCUAAGUAUGCAGUAACCUGUGGAAGUGGGCAGUCAGAAGAGAAACUUCCUAGUGGGUUGAGGUGAAACCCAACAGUUUUCAAACAGCAGACACACUAACGGACAGAAACGCCACAUAAACAUCUUAGCCAUGGCAGCAUAUCAGAUUUACAGCAUAUCGAUAUAUUUUCAAGACAAGAUUUAGGAUGAGAGUUUGUACAAAUAUUUUACCAUGCAAAAAAAAAUUCUAAAGACUCUAAAGAUUGUGGUUUUUUUGAGAGACCCGUAGGAGAGUUUACACGUUGAACAUAAUCUCCGAAUACACAGCUAAAAUCAAACCAUUCAGCUAGUCUUUCAAGGAGGAAUUUGAUGGAGGGGAAAGGUGACGAACCAUUGCCACUUUGUUCAUUUCAUGUUAAAACAUUGCCAAACAGCUGCCGUGUUUAAGAUAUUCCAGUGUGCAGUAUUUAUUUUGCCAAAGGCUAGUUCCUCGUGUAUUGAAAUGAUCUUUCCAGUUAAGCACUUUCAAUGAUUACACAGGUCAACAGGUCAUUUUCAUCUCAAAGAA